UCAUCGGGUCCCUGGUGCAGCGACGGCGGGUCCUGUGGUGCCUCAAGGGCUUCGCCUGCCUCUGCCCGCGCUGCAGCGAGGAGGCCGCUGCGGGGGACCCGGCCCGCGCGCUGCGCUGCGUUUCCUGCCAGGCCGGUUGUUUGCUGCGCUGGUGUUUCCGCCCCGGCAGCGGCGCUUUCGGCUUCCGCGGCGACCGAUGCGGCGGCGCGCCAGGGCGCGAGGAGGAGAGCUGCGGGAGCUGCAGGCCUCGGCGGAGAUGAUGUUCUUGCUGCUGAACGAGCGGCAGCGGGAGAGCGCGGCGCUGCUCGAGCCCCUGCGGCAGCGGCUGGCCGAGCUGCCCGAGUGCCACUGGGCGUGCCAGGGGCUCCGCCUCCUCGACCUCUCGACGGAGGGCCGGCAGCUCGCUGGAGGCGGCGGCGCGGCGCCGCAGGCCGCGCAGCAAGAGCGGGCGGCGCCGUGGGCGCAGGGGGCCCUCCGCGCCGACGACUGGCUCCGCGAGGCGCGCGGCGACGGGCACGGGCUGAUGUCCUUCCGCCUCGCGCCGCUGGUGCUGGAGCUCGCCGCGGCCGGGUUCGCGGACUUGCUGGGCGGCGAGCUGCUCGGCAGGGCGCGCGCCGCGGCCGCGCUGGAGAGGGUGAUCUACGGGGACGACGACGGCGACAACGGCGGGCGGGGCGCGGGCUGAGAGCAGCGCGGGCGGGCGGUGGCGCCUCGACGAUGCCCGGCCGCCGCCCAUGGAGGCGGACGCGCGCGCACUUUCCUUCCGACGCCGGCCUCGAGGAGCAGCACACCAGCGGACCAGCGGGCCCGACGGUAGCCACCGUCGACGUCCUUUAUCAGAGGAGGCUCCUCGAUGGCGGGCGUCGGCGCGCGCCGAGGAGGGUGUCCCGCCACUCGAGCAGAGCGGGACGCCCUGCCCGCGCGCACGAGAAGAAAGGUCAACGACAGGGGUUUGGAGGUAGGAAAGGGGUGUGGUGUAAAGGCG